UAGGAUAACACUGGGAUAUAGCAAGGUAAACUGUCAUUAUUACAUCAUACAUUGCUCACUUAAAUGUUAACAGGGCAGUAGGUGUAGUCCUCUUUGAUCAGAGAAGUUGCUGCUAUUUACAGAUCAGAUGACACCAGUGGGACAGCAAACAAGAUGGCACAAGCAGUGGUUAUAGACAAUGGAUCUGGAUUAAUUAAAUUUGGAUUUUCAGGAGAAGAAAAACCACGAUUUAUCUACUCCAAUUUAGUAGGCAGACCAAAAUACAAACCUGUCAUUGUUGGAGCUGGACAAAAGGGGUUCUAUAUUGGAGAAGAUGCACAGGUAAGAAGAGGUAUCCUCUCAUUAAACUACCCUGUGGAGCAUGGUGUGGUGGCUUCAUGGGAUGACAUGGAGCUCAUAUGGAGGAAUGGAUAUGAAAAUCAUUUACAUAUAAAUUCAUGUGAGAGACCAGUGCUUGUUUCUGAAGCACCUCUCAAUCCACGAACCAACAGAGAAAAGAUGAUGAGUGUUUUGUUUGAGGGACUUGGUGUUCCUGCAACAUAUGUUUCAAUCCAAGCAGUUUUAGCUCUCUACUCCUCAGGAAGAGUAACUGGUUGUGUGGUCGAUCUAGGUGAUGGUGUGACACACACAGUCCCUAUAUUUGAAGGAUACUGUCUUCAACAUGCCGUGCUAAGGCUUGACCUAGCAGGAAGAGAACUAACAAACUAUCUAAUGAGAAUACUAACUGAAAGUGGCCUUUCCUUUAUUAGUACAUCGGAAAGAGAAAUUGUUAAAGAUAUGAAAGAAAGGCUAUGUUAUGUUGCUGUUGAUAUAGAAUGUGAGAGAUCGAAAUCAACAGAAGAAUUGGAAAAAGAAUACAAACUUCCUGAUGGAAAGAUUGUCACCAUCCACAGAGAGAGAUAUAAAUGUCCAGAAACAUUAUUUCGUCCUGCAAGAAUUGGAAUGGAUUCACCAGGCAUUGAUAAAAUGUGUUUUCAUAGCAUAAUGAAGUGUGACAUUGAUCUUCGGAGCACCCUUUGCAGCAAUGUGCUCAUGUCUGGAGGGACCAGCUUGUUUCCUGGAAUUGGUGAGCGUAUGACCAAGGAGCUGGCCAGAUUGAUUCCACCAGAAAGCCCACUGAGUGUUAUAACUUCACCUGAACCAAUUGAGGCAGUAUGGACGGGAGGAUCAAUAUUGUCUUCUCUGUCUACCUUUCAGCAAAUGUGGAUUACACGGGCAGAAUUCGAGGAAGUAGGACCAAACAUUGUUCACAGAAAAUGCUUCUAGAGGAGUGCACAAAGUAGUAUGCUGAAAAUUGCAUGAAUAAAUGCAUAAAACCAUUGUAAUUGUAUGCGAUCCAUGUUCUUUUCAAUUCAAAUUCUCUUUUGUUUUGGGUCAGAUGACUUUUUAGAGCAGAAUCA